AUGAGUCUGGACCCAUCGGGGGCUGGUCGGGGUGGAUCCUGCACAUCAGGGACAUCAAGGGCAUACGCGGUUUCGUCCAGGCGCUUCACAGGAAGGCAAAAGGGCGAUGGCACGGUGUACCUCAGCUUCCGCGCCUCGGACGCGCCCGUCAGCGCGGUCCACACGCGCGGCAUCCCUGUGCAGGCGACGGUCGACAAUGCGGGUGGGGUGCACAGCUUCCUGGGCGAGACCGUGUCCCUGAACAUCAGCAGCCCCCUCACCCUCGUGAUCGUGGACGUGAUGUUCCAGCAGAAGCUGGGCGAGCAGCCCGAGAAGGAGGGGUGGCGUCGGCGUUGUGGGACCCGUGGUGCGGAGCUCUGCUCGACAAGUGCUUCAACAACUGGGAGCGCUGCAACCCGCAGAACCUGCGAAAUGUCCUCUGGAACCCGCGGGACCUCCUGGGUGCGGGCGGGCACCCCGAGCCAGGCACCUACGUCGGCUUCGAGCUGA